CAUCACCAUCUGUGUCGUACACUAUGAUAAUGUUUAAUUGUGAAUAAACAGGGAUUACAACAUGAUUGAUCUUUUAUUUUUAUUGUUUUUCUUGAUUUCUGACUAAUAUGUUCUUGCCUGAUUCCCUGCAAAUUUGAUCAAUUUUUUUAAGAACAUGUUCAGUUUUUUGAUCAGUGGUACUUUGUUUGUGUUUGUGUUAUUUGCUGUUGUGCCAUUGUUAUUCUUCAAGUUUAUAGUCAGUCAAUUAUUUCUUUCACUAUGGUUUGGACUGAUAUCAAUGAUAUAUCCGGAAUUGGAAUUUAUAAGAACUACAACUGUAAGGAGCCUCCUAGAUACUCACAGAAACCAAGGCAUUGGUGCUAUACUCUUGCGAGUUAAGGGUCCCGCCCAACCUCAAGCUGUUAUACGACACUUACAAGAAGUAGUGAACCGAAAAAGCAAAAAUGGUAAACUGAGCUUUCCCAGGCUGCAUCAAGCACUUGUAACCAAAUGUGGGCAAUACGCUUGGAAAAAUGUGCAAUUCGACAUUGAGAAAAACCUGUCUGUUUCAACCGGUAUCUUCAAGAAUCGACCCAUAUCAGAGUUCAAUAUUCAGGAAUAUGUUAGUGACAUAGUCUCGAAAUAUUUACCUCCCAACUGUUCUCCAUGGCACUUGAUAAUCAUUCCAACUUUAGACGAUCAUCACUACAUUCUUUUAAAAUUGCACCAUAUCCUCCUCAAUGAAAAUCUCAACAUUGGAGAUCUUCUUCCUCUUAUUCCACCAACCAAGCCAAGUACAGGAUUUUUUGUCUGCAAGAGUCCGUUGAAUGACAUCUUCCGGAAGCCGGAGUCAACUCCAAUGCUUGUAGAACAUCUCGUAACAGAAUUGACAAAUUUUUGGAACGAAUUUUUGUCGAAUUACGAUCCUUUGGAAAAUGUAGCCUUGCUUAAGGACAAUCCAAGUUUCACCCAGUUUCUGGGAAUAAUGCUGGUUACCUUUAUAGCGAUAAUAAAAGAAAUCAGACGUGGAAUGAGAGUUAUCAGACCUGAUAUUCGUUCCAGGCUCACUUUCGUUUCGUACACAAUCGAAAAGGAGAAAAAUAAAAGACAAUUGACUCUUUCAACUUUCUUCGUUUCGAUUCUGAUCACGUUAGAUCCAAGAAAUCUGUUUAAAUUUUAUUUGAAAUUAUUUUGGACUCUUUGUAUUUCGUUACCAAUUUCUUUACCUUCCAUCUUCGUUUCGGAGGUUUUUGCCUUGUACCAAUGUAUUCUUUACGGGUAUUGCAGCAAUACAAAAGCCUUUGUGGGUGUUGUUAAAACUUACGCGCCACUACUUUAUGGUGCCCUGUUUGAGUUUAUCGAUCUAGCUAGAAUAAUCUUCUACGCCCCGAAAAAUAUAAUAUCGCAUAUUUUGUGCCAGAAGGAAUACCUUCAAACGGUCACUUUAAGUGGUAGAAAAUGCGUUGCUUGGUCUGAACCAAUAAAAUAUAAUCAUCUACAGGCGAUUUCGAAAAGUUUCGGGGUUUCAGAGUUAGAAAUAAUGUUGGCGUCCUUCAGCAAGAACCUUUCGAAAUACCUCAACCAAACGGAUCAUGUAAUUCCAGAAGAAAUUGCUAUAUUUUUGAGGAAUAUCAAUUCGAAUUACAUAUUUGCUACUGGGGUGAAUAUAAGGCCAGAAGACUCCUGCUCCGGUAUAUUAUUCAUGGGUUUGCCAAUUUUGAACAAUGCAAAGGGAGAUACCUUGAUUGAAAAUUUAGUUAAAAUUAAGAAUAGGUUAAACGAGAGUUUGGAGAAACAGCAGUUGUCUUACUUUUUGACGAUAUUGCAAACCAAGUACGGGAUUUUAACCGAAGUUUUGCCAUCUAUUCUCCUUAUUGUUUAUCUGAGGUAUUUAUCGAGGAAAUUUGCCAUAUCUGUUACUGAAAUGUCCAGUAGGCAUCCCAAUGUCACUCAGAGAACUCUAUGGGGCCAAGAGGUAGAAAGUGCAAUAUAUUUCAGACCCCCACAAGCAAAUACAUGUAUUUCUGUGUGUUUCAAUGAGUAUGCUGACCAUGUAAAAUUGGCUGUCAUGUGUGAUACCCGCUUGGUACCAAAUCAUGUUUUAUUGGCUAGAAAUUUUGUCGAGCACAUCGAGGAACUAGCUCAAUAUACUUCAUCUUAUCCCCAGUUAACCAAAUGAAAAAAGGUUCCAGCAACAAAGAUUUCAAAUAAAUAAAUACUACUGGA